AAGCCGGUCUGGUUCAAGUGUCUUGCCUCUGGCCCAGACCGAUGUUUCGGGCAUAGCAUCAUAUUAUAUAGUAGUUGCAGUUUUGGCCUACGAUGCUUCGGUGGAGCAGUAAGAGCGCGCACGCGCUCUUCAUCAUCGUCAUCAUCUUGGGCGACCACGCCAUCACAGCUAGACGGCUCCCUGGCCCCACGUUUGCAAACAAUAGCGUGGAGGGGGACAACGUAAGCGACAACGACCUGAUUUCCGUCAAGCCGUCGCCAGGGUCGGUGUGUCGUGACCCAGCACGCUACCAGGUGGAGUGCCCGACGUGGAGUCAUUUCUGCCCAAACCCAAAUCAGAGCCAGCCCUUGGAGUUUGACCACUUCAUGAUCGAGUGGUGCCCCAAGACAUGUGGCCUCUGCAGGAGCGACGUGAUUUCUGACGAAAGUUUGGAGGAAUUUGACAUCGGAGAUUUUGCCGGUGGUGACGAAGUCUCGGGGAAAAAAUGUCUCGACACGAUGGUUUCGCGGCGGAGGAAUUCGCCUGGGAGCCUUUGCAGUUGUCGCCGCCGCUCAGGCACCCAAGGCUUGUCAGUAGGCUGGGCUUGCGAUGGGAAGCGAAAUCACAUCAUCUAUGAAGGGGCAGAGGUCUUGAAGCAGGACGCAGUUUGCUGUUGUAAGAAGCAGGCAUGCUCGUACGAAUCCAUUCGUCGUGGGGACUCGGUGGGGCACUCGUCCGAAGAUGGGACGCAGUGGUGUUGCAAGCUCAAGGUGCAGAGCUGGAUGUGGGGUGGUUGCCCCAAGGACUCGGGCUACGGUUGGCAGCAGAACCUCAGCAUGUGCACCAGAACUGUGAAAGCGAGUGUGAGUACAUGCAGUAACCGACUAGUCCAGUGGUUGAGUGACCAAAACUGGUACAAGACCGUAGGUGGAUGGGAGAUAGACGAGGCAUCGUACGCCUCCUACAUACCGUGCAUGAUCGCAGAGGACGUGCACGUAAUGAGCAUCAUGCUGGGAGUGAAGAACGCACUGGCGCGUGUUUCGAUGAAGAACCCAAUGCGCGCGUUCAUUACCUCGCAGCCUGAGUGCGCCGGUCUAUCUGGCCUAGAGUUGAUUCAAGCGACAACUGCAUCAUACCGAGAGCUCUGUCCCUUUGGCAUGCCCCACGCAUCAUAUAAGCCUGACCUGGUUCAUGAAGGCACUUGUUCCUAUGACCACCUUGACAGAACUAUUCAGGCACGGUGGCGGAUUGCCCUCCAAGAGAACCGGAUGUGUGCAGAGGGCCACCGUUGUGCGUGCCCCGUGUUCGCGGCCAACAGCGAGGUUGUGCGAUCGGCAUACGACGCGUACGCCACUUACAGUGUCUUCUAUUCUGUCACAAAGGGUGCCAGUAGCGCGUCAACUACAGCCGCGGGACUCACUGGCAUGAUCAGCAGCAGUUCCAUCCCAUCGGGAGUUGCCACGGUGAUCGGCGGUGUCAGCAGUGCUGGUGCGGUGGCCGUUAGUGCUUUUGCGGCCUACGCUUGGCCAUUAACUGUGGGCCUAGGGGCCAUCAGUCUGGUGACCUUUGGCGGCUCGUACGUAUGGAAGUGGGCGCGGCACACUUGCUCCAGGAACGUGGGCUGUUAUCCCAUGGACUGCGUCGAGGAGCCAGGGCGUGGCUGUCGCAUCCGUGCGCCGGAUGAUUUCAUGGACGAGCGGAACCCAUUCUGGUUCUUGCCACCGCCCACCUACAAGUGUGCGUACAAGAACGGGAGGUGCCAGCUCUCCCAAUGCUCUAAGUCGAACGUAUGGAAUCAGACCAUCGGUCUGGGCAUGACGAGGGCGCUCCUGAAGACGGGCAACACGCAGGUGUACAAUUGCCAGCCCAUGCUGUACACUGACAUGUCCGCUCGUCAGCGAAUGAGGCUGGAGUCGGAAACCGCGGACUUGAAGGAGGAGUACGAGACAGCACGCCGCAUUAAUCAGCGCAUGCGGCGAGCUUUGGAGGAAACUUGCCCGUGGUCACGGCCCACACGAGACAACGUGUUCCGAUGCAAGGACCACCAGAUAUCUUGCAAAGGCUGGAUUGAAGACCAGUCAUGCUGCGACCACUAUGGUGGGAUCUUGCAGUGCCCCGAGAAUUUCCCUCUGCUCUGCCAGGACGGCUAUUGUGGGAACGACGAGGACCUCUGCGAGAAGCGCGGCGGCGUCCGGCCGUGCCCGUCGGCGAACGAGUGCCCGUGGAUGUUGCCCAGCCCCGUGGUUGGCCAUGCUCAGUGCAAUGAUGGAAACUACUCCCGGGGUGGCUGGGUCACCGGCGCGUGCCAGAGGGAGGGAUACGGCGGCAUCAGGCGGUGCCCGUGGGACCAGCCAGUCAUGUGCAAUAACCGCACUUGCUCUGGAGACUAUUGCUGCUCGAAGAAUUGCAAAGACCAAGGAGGCCCCCGGCAAUGCAAUGUGUCCAACUCAGUGGACAAUGAUUCCGAUCUCAAGAGUUAUGAGUAGUAUGUUGCUUUUUGCAUGUUUGACAGAAGCUUGACGCGAAGAGCACCUAAGCGUCCUCAGCAGGGCAUCGCACAAUUAUACAUACGAGCACUGUGCCUCCAUAUCCAGGACAGUAGGGGACGCGCGCCCCUUCUUCUAUAUACAGAAACUCCCGAUCAACCGCAGAGCGGCCGGCUAGUAUCAAAAAGCAGCACCGUAGACUCGCGGCCUGAAAGCCGGCGGGGCCGAGGGGCAUCGACCGCGCAGAUGUGUGCCCUCAGGAGCUGAAGGGCUUCGGGCAAUGAACAACAGAAAGGCAGCUCUCGCGGACGCCAGUUCGCGUUUUUCCUCCGCAGUUUUCUGCUUCGGUAAAUGGCAGCAGCCCGACGCUGAGCAGCAUUGUACAGAGCCGGCUUGAACCUGUGAUCCACGCGAGGAGCGUGUACUAAAAGAAGCACGUUGGGACGUCAUAUCAUCAUUUCAGUCUGCCAGGGUCCGAGUCUCACGAUCCAAAGAACUCUGUACUGAACGUUGCGAUGUAAUCACAUCCUGGAGCUGCCGGCGCUGAGGUCGCCGACAGGGCGGCGCUGUGGACCGUGGAGCAGAGGGGCCCCUGACAGGCAGCAGCAGCUGGGCUCUGUCAUAAUUAUCGCCAGGCGCUUGGGAGUUCGGG